UGAAAAGUUCUGCUUCCUGAACUGCAGUGGGCUUGGCGAGCGAUCUCCGAUAAGGAGGCCUCUGGCCUCGGAGGUCGUGGAUUCACCUCUCUGGACUUGAGUGUGGCAGUCGCGAUGUUUUUAUCCCAGCCUGGGGCCCAGCCACGGAUGUGGGAAGCCAGCCCUUCGGAACACAAGAAAUGGGUGGAAGUAUUUAAAGCAUGCGAUGAAGAUAACAAAGGCUACCUAAGCAGAGAGGACUUUAAAGUUGCUAUUGUAAUGCUGUUUGGUUACAAGCCCUCCAAGAUAGAAGCUGAUUCUGUGAUGUCAUCAGUAGAGCCAAACACUUCCGGGAUAGUACUUAAGGAGUUUUUAAGCAUCGUAAGGAAAAAGAAGGAAGCUCAAGUAUAUUGGAAUGAAAUAAGACACAUCUUCACAGCUUUUGACAGGCACUAUCGUGGCUAUUUAACUCUGGAAGACUUCAAAAAAGCAUUUAGGCAAGUGGCACCCAAGUUACCGGAAAGGAUUAUUCUCGAGGUCUUUAGACUUUCACUGAGCAUUACUCUUCCAGAGAUGAACUCCAGAAGAGCCGCAGCCCACCUCUGAGAGCUGCAGGCAUCAAGCAGCCGGAUGCUUCUGUUUGGCAGGAAUUGAUGGGCAGCCCUUGUUUCAGGCACAGCAAGAUUAUUUAAAUUUAAAUAUUCUUUUUAAUAAUAUUAUAAAACUCAGUUCUAGGAUUGUCUGUAACAACAUUUUUUUUUUUUGCAUUUAAAACUCUGAUGGUUUCAUUGAAUUUUCCACAGAAUAUUCUGUGUUUGAAAGAUUGAAACAAGUCAGAAGAAAGUUCAAUGCAAUGGUAAUCAUAAAACACUCUUACUUAGAUGCUUUAGCCAGUAUAUAAUUUAAAAGCGUAAGUGUGUAAGGUACGUUUUUUUAGAAAUAGCACAACUAAUGUCUUUGGUUAGAUCUGAUUGGUUCAGAUCUUUGAUUCUUUGAGAUACACAAUCAAGGAAGCAGGUGGUGGCAGAGAUUUUAGAAAUUCAAUAUACCUUCUCUCAUUAUAUAGCUCAAAAAAUGGAGGCUAAGUGAAUUUCAUGACUUAUCCAAGGUUACACAGACUCAGAUCAAGACUCACAUCUCCUAACUCCCAAUUCAAUGCGGAGGCAUUAUUUUCCCAUCCUCGGUUCUGCAAGAUGAGCCUUUUGGGGUGUAAAGAAGGAUAAGUGGGAGUUCCCACUGCGGAUCUGUGGGUUAAGGAUCUGACAUUGUCUCUGUGAGGAUGCGGGUUCAAUCCCUGGCCUUGCUCAGUGGUUUAGGGAUCUGGCAUUGCUGCAAGCUGUGGGGUUCAUUUGCAGAUACUGCUCAGAUCCGGUGUGGCUGUGGCUGUGGCAUAGGCUGCAGCUGCAGCUCUGAUUUGACCUCUGGCCCAGGAACUUCCACAUGCUGCAGGUGUGGCCCUAAAAAGAAAAAAAGGGCAAGCGUAUGCUUGUUCAUCCUCAAUAAACUUUCGUACUCAACAUGGAAUAUCAUUCCUGCCCAGUUAUCAGGAAACUUGCAGCGUACGGGAGGCAGUUGAUUAAGGCGCUGCUCCGUACCUUCCAGAGCAGAGCUGGAGAGGGUGCACACACCAUGCAUAUCACCUGCAGACCUCAGCCAGAGCAGAGGCGUGCCUGGGCCGGUUCCAUGCAGAAGCAGGCCAGGUUUCCACUCGCCGGCUGCCUUGCCUGCUUCUCGUUUCCCGAGAGACGAAUGCUGUCCUAGGCCGCAGGUGUAUUAGUAAUUUCUGAGUUUGUUCCCCACUCAAAAUGACCUCAUUGUUUUGUGCUUCUUUUCCAUAAUUAUACAGUAACAGGAAAAUAAACCAGCUCUGCGUACAGCCCACAGCAGAAAUCUCGUGCUCUUUAUGUAAGUUUGAUUUAUAGACGCGUACUGCAGAGCGGAGUGACUAUGAAACAUUCAUCUUCCCAUUGCUAGUUGCCAUGGAAAUCAAGUACACAGAGCAGUGUCAUUCCGGCCCUGGUGAUGCCUGCAGUAGUUUAUUCCUUUGUUGUUCUCGUUUCUUAAGCAACUGCCUCGCCUUCUUUCAUCAUUAUAAUUAAUCAUGCACACACGUUUUUAUCUUUCAUCUCAAGUACUAAAAACGUAUGACAAAAUUUGGAAGAAUUUAAAUGUUCUUGUGGCUUUAAAUAUGCAUUUGUGAUUUUCCCCCUCAGUCCCACUGGAAAAAUAGGUCAUGUAAGGGAAAAAAAAAAAAAUGUAUUAACGUACAGAAACCUCAAUAAAGACAGCAAUAUAGAAAUUUAAGGAAAAAGCAUUGCCACACGAAGAAAAUCUUAAGGAACUUCAUAUUCACAGUGUUUGGAGCCAAGUCUGCAUUUUGAGUUAGGCCAC